AUGGAGAGUACACAACGAAAUCUGGAUAUGUGGCAGCAGUGGCGUUCAAAAAAUGAGAAGAACGAAAGGCCGCAAAAGGCGCACCUAAUAGACUGGAACAAAGGCGUUUGGAACCUGAAGACGGCUCCUAAACAACUCUUGGUCUGGAAAGUCUUGCGCGGAGCCCUACCAGUCGGCGAAAAGCUUCUUGCUAGACAAAUAAAUGUUGAUCCAAUGUGCAAGAGAUGUGGGAAGCUUGAAUCUAUCAAUCAUCUUCUUUUUCAAUGUGAUUUUGCUGAGACUGUAUGGAACACAGCUCCGUUUGCUCACCGAAUUGAUAGGAGACGAUUGUUAGAUUUGGAAACCGACUGGAUGAGACUGAUAGAGAACCCUUGUCUACCACCGGUGGGUAUUGUUUCAGGACAACUAGCUCCCUGGAUCGUUUGGAACCUGUGGACAGCUCGAAACAAGAUGAUCUUCAAUGAUAAAGUAUUCACGGCAGAAGAAGUAGUGACACAGGCGGUGGUAGCUGCCAGAGAAUGGCUUAACGCACAGAGUAAGGAGGAGAAGCGAGUGACACACCCAAAAUCAGGCAGGACUACAUCAGGUCGGGAAGUUGUGGUGCAGACAGAUGCGGCGUGGAAUGCUACAAGCAAGAGUGCAGGGUUAGGCUGGAGCGUGAAGAACACUGGAAGAAACUCGGGAUUCCAAGCUACAGCUGAGCUACUUGCUCCACCAUUGGUGGCUGAAGGUUUAGCUAUGAGAGAUGCAGUGAAAAUGUGCAAAGAGCUGGGGCUCCGGCAUAUCAGAUACGAGUCAGACUCCUCACAACUCAUGAAGGCUUUAAACUUGAAGACAGAACCUCCAGAUAUCUAUGGGAUCGUCUCUGACAUUAGGAUAGAGUGUAUGGAGUUUGAGAAUUUUCUUUUGUUUGGAUUCCUCGUGAGAGGAACGUUGCUGCUGACCGUUUGGCUAAGCAGGCUCUAA